AUGGCUCUGCCCUUUGACGAAUGGCCCUCGAUUCGGGUCAAGACUGCCGACACCAGCCUUUUCGCCCGUUAUGACGGAACUGGCCCAGCUAUUUUGCUUUUACAUGGCUGUCCGCAGCAUUCUCUCAUGUGGCACAAAGUAGGCCCGCUCCUUUCUUCCAAGUAUACCGUCAUUGCCCCGGACCUACCCGGCAUGGGCCAGUCGACCCUGAGUGAAUCGGGAAACUAUACUUCUGCAUCAGCUGCCGCAGCCGUCAUAGCACUGCUAGAUUUCUUGCAUAUCCAGAAAGUGGCUGUAUUUGGCUAUGACAAAGGGGCUUCAGUUGGAUCUGUGCUGGCAUGGAUGUAUGCCGAUCGCGUGGCGUCUCUAAGUGUUGGAGAAUACGCUCUUCCAGCGUUUGGUCAUGAGAUUUUCCAAAAUCCGGAUCCAUCCAAGAAUAUAUAUGGGCAUUGGCAUCUAGCUCUAUUUUCUGUUCCUGAAGCGGCCGAGUUUCUCAUCCGCGGGCGUGAGAGAGAAUUUCUGAACUGGUAUUUCUGGCACAGCUCCUACGCCGCCGGCGCUCUCAUAUCUCCUGAUCAUGUCGAGCGCUAUGCAGCCGCACUCUCAAAGCCAGGAUAUCUGCGUUCCAUGACAGAGUUUCUGAACGGUAAUAUUUGGCGCGAGGUUGAAUACUUUAAGCCGCUGAGAGACGAUCCGAUUCGAAUCCCCUUGACGGUGCUCUGGGGAGAGGCGAGUAUGGUCUCGGAGGAAUUUAGCCAGACUUUAUGGGGCCCUACAGCAACUUCUGUCAAGACCAUGUUUGUACCAAAAGCUGGGCAUUGGUUAGCGGACGAAAACCCAAAGUGGCUGGCGACUUUUAUCGAUCAAAACGUUGCUGGUUCGGCUGUUGAGCCAUCUGUUGCCAACCUGGCGUAUCUGGAGAAUCUAGUCACCAUGAUUUAG